CGUACUACUCGCCGGCCAUCAUUCACCGCCUCCAUUCCUCACCUGAUUCAGACCACAAAGAUCAAUAGCCCAUGGCCGCCGCCGCAGCCCACUGCCACAACAAGCGCCGCCGCCUCUCCCUGCCCCCCACCACCACCGCGCCCCCUCUGGACUCGCUCGCCGACGAGCUCCUCUUCCACGUCCUCGACCGCGUCGCCGCCGCCGACCCGCGUGCGCUCAAGUCCUUCGCCCUCGCCUCCCGCGCCUGCCACGCCGCCGAGUCCCACCACCGCCGCCUCCUCCGCUCGCUCCGCGCCCACCUCCUCCCGGCCGCGCUCGCCCGCUACCCCUCCGCCUCCCGCCUCGACCUCUCCCUCUGCGCGCGCGUCCCCGACGCCGCCCUCGCCGCCGUCCCCUCCGGAUCAUCCAUCCGCGCCCUCGACCUCUCCCGCUCCAGGGGGUUCGGCACUGCGGGCCUCGCCGCGCUUGCCGGGGCAUGCCCGGACCUCGCCGACCUCGACCUCUCCAAUGGGGUCCAUCUUGGGGACGCCGCCGCGGCCGAGGUGGCGCGGAUGCGGAGCCUCCGGAGGCUGUCUCUCUCGCGCUGCAAGCCACUCACCGACAUGGGGCUUGUCUGCGUCGCCAUCGGCUGCCCCGACCUCAGGGAACUCUCGCUCAAGUGGUGCCUGGGGGUCACGGAUAUGGGGCUCCACCUCCUCGCCCUCAAGUGCAGGAAACUCACCACCCUGGAUAUCUCCUACACCAUGAUCACAAAAGAGAGCUUUCUUGCCAUCAUGAAGCUACCCAAUCUCCAGGUGUUGACACUGGUUGGGUGUAUUGGAAUUGAUGAUGACGCUCUUGGCAGUCUUGACAAAGAGUGCAGUAAAUCACUACAGGUUCUUGAUAUGUCUCAUUGUCAGAAUGUCACUGAUGUGGGAGUUUCGUCGAUGGUGAAGUCAAUACCGAAUCUAUUGGAACUGAAUCUUUCGUACUGCUGUCCUGUUACUCCUUCUAUGGGGAGAAGCCUCCAAAAGAUUACUAAACUGCGGACGCUGAAGCUGGAAGGCUGCAAAUUCAUGGCUGAUGGACUAAAAGGCAUUGGAAGCUCUUGUGUUUCUAUCAGGGAGCUAAGUCUGAGCAAGUGCUCUGGAGUAGCAGCACUUAGGGGUAGUCUAGUUUUAGAGGAUGGCUUGGAGAGAAAGGAAAAGUGGUUGAGGUGGAACCUUGUGAUGUAUGGAAGCAACAGUCACAAGAUGUGCUUGUACGAUGAGAAGGCCUGA